ACACACACACACACACACACUGUCAUUCGGUGUGAGCGCUCUCUCACACAGCACACAAAUACACACACUUCCUUGCAAACUGUAUACACUCACAGCUGUUGCUACUUCUCUCGCCGUUGAACACUGGAGCAGUCAAGAAAAGAAGCACGAAGGAAUCCAGUGUCUCCUGGAGAAUCUGGACAAACAAGUAGAUGGACUGGUUCUCUGUGAUUACUGCCUGACUCUCAUUGUGUUUCUUUGGUGUCCUGCGCUCUGACUGCCUUGUUUUCCCCGGCUCCUCUCUGAGAGUCACAGUUGGAAUUUGGGACAGCAGUGGGCAGACCUACAGAGUAACAGAGACAUGUGUUCUUCCUCAUUUACCUACUACUACUGCGUUCUCUCUCUCAUUCACUGACCAAGGAGGAUACAACACCAGGUGAUAAUUAGAGCAGCAAACGGAGAGUGAUCACGUGAGGACAAACCGCCAUGAGUGCAAACAACCAUCAGGGGGUGGCGGUGACCCCUCCCUUUUCACCUGGAGGAAGCACCAAGGAGCGCUACUUUGACCGGGUCAAUGUUAAUGAUCCUGAGUACAUAAGGAACAGGAACAUGUCACCUGACCUUCGACAGGACUUCAAUGUUCUGGAACAGAAGAAACGUGUUACACAGAUACUCCAGAGUCCUGCCUUCAAGGACGAGCUGGAAAGUCUGAUCCAGGAGCAACAACUGAAAGGAAACAACCCCACCGGCCUUCUUGCCCUCCGACAGAUUGCAGACUUCUUCAUGGCGAGCUCAGUGGCUGGUUUCAACACCUCCCCUCUCAGUCUGGGGAUGGUGACUCCUAUUAAUGACCUGUAUGGAGUGGAACCUACCACGCUGGUUAAAGGUGAAAAGGUGACACGCUGUAAACUGGCCAGCCUGUACAGACUGAUUGACCUGUUCAGCUGGGCACGAUUUUCCCGCUCUUACAUCACAGCCCGAGUCAGUAAAGAGCAGGACCACAUCCUGAUUAUUCCCAAAGGACUGUCGUUUGCCGAAGCAUCUGCAUCUAACCUGGUCAAGGUCAACAUCAUUGGGAAUGUAAUCGAGCAGGGCUCCACCAACCUGAGGAUUGACCCCGCUGGUUUCAGCCCACAUGCUGCCAUCUACUCCAUGCGUCCCGACAUACGCUGCAUCGUGCACGUGCACACUCCUGCCACUGCAGCUGUUUCAUCUAUGAAGUGUGGAAUCCUCCCCAUCUCCCAGGAGUCCUUGCUCCUGGGUGACAUCGCCUACUACAAUUACCAGGGCAGCCUGGACGACCAGGAGGAGCGCCGGGAUCUGCAGAAGGCCCUGGGGCCGACAGCGAAGGUUCUGGUGCUGAGGAACCAUGGUGUGGUUGCUCUUGGAGAAACAAUUGAAGAAGCCUUUAACCACAUCUACAACGCCCAGUACGCCUGUGAAAUCCAGGUGAAUGCAAUCUCAUGUGCUGGCAGCGUGGAUAACCUGAUCAUACUGGAAGCAGAGAAGUUCAAAUCCCGGGUCUUUGAUAUUGGCUCGGCAGCAGAUAUCGGAAUGGGAUGUCAGUACAAGUGGAAGAUUGGCGAGCUGGAGUUUGAGUCUCUGAUGAGGAUGCUGGACAACCUGGGCUACAGGACAGGUCACACCUACAGGCAGCCCAUCAUCCGGGAUAAGCCCCGACACAAAAGUGACGUGGAGAUCCCCGCCACCGUCACGGCGUUUAUGUUCGAUGAAGACAUGGACUCCGGGUCCACGCGUCUGCCAUAUAAGUUUUUACAGCAGCGGCAGCAGAGGGAGAAGACGCGUUGGCUCACCUCUCCCAACAGCUACACCAAGGUCAAUGUGGAGGGUGGAGAAGAGCGCUACAACAGCCGGACAACCACGUGGAUGAAGGCAGAGGAUACAGGAACUCCCAUCAGAAUCGAGGACCCAAAUCAGUUUGUCCCUCUCAACACAAACCCCACUGAGGUUCUGGAGAAGAGGAACAAGAUCAGAGAGCAGAACCGGUUUGAUGUGACGUCAUCUGGUCCACGCUCUCAACACCUUGCUGGAAUCCCUAUUGAUGAACCACGAAAGCCAUACGUGCCCACAUCGGAGGAACAGAUGGCUCCCCUGCCUCCCAACCCCUUCAGUGAGCUGUCAGAGAAAGACCUGGAGGAGUACCAUAAAAACGUGGAAAAGAGACAACUGGGCCUCAGUGAUGGCGAUCACGAGCUAACCUCGGAUGACGGCUCCACUCUCUCUCAGUCUUUGUCUCUCACCCAGUCUCCGCAAAGCACUCCAGCGAAAGAAGAGAACCACACCGGCCUGAUGAACGGCAAAGACAACCACACUGAUGUGGAGGAGGACCUGUCCAAGCGGGUCAGUCAGCUGACCACCAGCGUGGAGAGCAUGGAAGUAAGCGUGCGCUCGGGAGAUAAGAUAGAGGAGACGCUGUCUCCGGAGAGCUCACCCUCCAAGUCCCCCAACACCAAGAAAAAGAAGAAGUUCCGCACACCAUCCUUCCUGAAGAAGAACAAGAAGAAAGAGAAGACGGAGGCCUAGAGUUAAACAUGCAGGUGGGGGGGGCAGAGCAGGCAGGAAAUACUGGGCAUAUUAAGAAGAAAGAGGGGCAACUGGCCACGCUUUCUGCUAACUGUCUGUGUUUUUACUUUGUCACUGUCUUCAUAGUUCUAUAUUAUGUUUUUUAUUUGAGAUUUUUAACAAAAUUCUUUAUGUGGAAAAGGCAGCACAGAGGAAAUCAAAAAUGUGAGUGAGUCAAAGGACGGGAAGAGAAGAAAAAACAGAUCCUUGGGGGGUCAGCCAAUGAAACUGCAGAAGACGGGGUGUGUCUUAGGGGUGUUGGGUGUCGACACCCUUUCACCUUUGCAUUGCGAUGGCAUGACAUCAUCCUUACAGCCUGAUUACAACCUGCAGAACUGGCUGCUCUUGAAACAGAACUUGAAAACACACGGCAUUUUUGUUUGCUUUAUUUUAAUUUUGUUUGUGUUUUUUUUUGCUUCAAAAUCCAGUUUUAUAAAAUGAUUGGAUGGCAACCCGAAUGUUGUAAAACUCCAAAGGCCGAUGUAAAAGUUUCCUACUUUAGGCUCCACAGGCCUGUCACCUGUAACAGGAGAAAAUCAGUCGUACUGGAAAGAGAAAUGUUCUCGCAGCUGAUUGUUGAGGUGCAGGAAUCUGAAACUGUUUUUACUGGCUGAUGUAACUGGACAGUAGAGAGAGAACCGAUGGUCUGUCAUCACCUCGGGGGAAAAUGCUGCCAACCCUCGACAUGAAUUUUUUUAUGUAGCAUUUUCUCACAAGCUUUGUGUUUGUUGCCAAACUGGAAGAAAUAAUAACACGAAACUAUUUUCCUUUUUCUAAAUCAUCUCUGUUUGCGUCUGGUCUGUCAUCUCAUGAAAUCUGAUCCUCUGUCUGUGCAGACGAGUGUGUCGUUAGUCCACUGUUUAGUUCUUAUUCCUAAGAUCUGACCUGAAGUCAGAUGUUAUGCAUGCGUUUAUACAGAUGCCCAUGUUUUAUCCUAUCCUUCAGAGUAGACGCAUUUACUAUAUGACAUGUGAAAACUGGAUAUGCUGGCUAUAGAUUUUUAACUAUAUGUAGUCAUGUUUUGCUGCGCUGCACUUUUCUCAUAGUAUGUGUCUGAGUUUGCUGCAGGUGGUUGCCACGGCGAAGGAGAUUGUGAAGUAUUUGGUUGGAGUGGUGCAGGAAUCAUACAGUGAAAAGUGUUUCUGGGGGGGGGGGUCGGUAAGUGAGUGGAGUGAAGACGGGAUGAAGGGUGUUGGAUUGGUGACACUGUAGAGGAUUUAUUUUUGUACUUCUUCAAUGUAGAAGUAGAAAUAAUUAAAUGUACUCCAGGAUCGCGGUGCAGUCACGGAAAUGAGAAUCAUGGGUCGGGACAUGUUCAUGUGGUGUCUUUUGUGUGUUAGUCAUAUGACCCCCACCCCUGCCCGCCCUGACUUUUUAAUUUUAUUUUUUUAAACAAUAAGACAAGGGUUGUUUUUCUCAUCUUCCUGCCUGGGCAUGAAGAACCUUCUGUAAAAUCACCCGAGUGACUGCAUCUGAAAUCUCCUCAGGCUCCUGAAAAUCCUCUCCUGUUUUCCGGUGGUUUUCUUCACAGCCGCUGUGCCUGUAGCUGGCAGUUGAACGUGGUCAUGUUUUUAUCUGAGCUCUCAGAUGUGAGCCUGCCUAAAGCAGUUUUUAAUCCUCCUCUGAUAUUAUUUCUCCUCUAAACACAUUUUAUAUUCCAACUGUCAGAUGACCUACAGGUGAAGUCGGCAAAACCAAAGUUUGAUUGGCUGCAGCUGAAACCCCUCCACGCAGCUGAGUCCCAUAUAUCAAUAUCCCAGCUAACAAUGUGAACGACUGGAUUCAGAGAGAGAGAGGGGUGAGGGGUUAGGGGUGAGGGGAGGUUGGUGGACAAAUGAUAGCUUUUGGCUCAAGGCGAUUUGAGGUCACGUAGCAGAGUGAGGGAGCAGAAAGGUGUGAGUUUAGGAAGGAGGGUGCAUACGUGGGUUGGUCGAGUCAGGGCAGAUUCCAACUGGCAACCCAACUCUAGCACUAUGUUCUAAUGACACCAACUGUUUUGUUUUUUUUUCAUACUUCCUGUCUUGUCUUUUUUCAUUCUUCAUUAUUAUUGCAGUACGAGUUAUUAUUUGUAGUCUGCAGAGACGUAGCCUUUUUUUUUAAUGAACUGUUUUAUAACAUAUUUGCUCCCAGAUAAACUGAAUGUGCGUCGCUUCCCUUUUAUUUUCUUCUCAUCUGUUUUCCAACUUUUUGCACCUUGCUUUACUAAUGCCUCUAUCAUCGGUUUCUUUUCUUCUCCUCCUUCUUGUUUUUUUAAAAAGACUUUUGCUUGGGCCUGCCAGUGUGAGCCAAGCUACUUUGUGACCUGUGAAAAUCCUAUAUAAAUGGUUAUCUAAUGGAGUUGCUUAUAGAUGUAUUACUAAUUGGUGUAAAUUCACAAAUAAAACUGUAUUUUAAGAAAGGGA